UAUCUUCCAUAGAUGGCCGGUGACAUGAUGAGGUUUACUAUCGGUGUAGUCUGCGUUGCCGUCGUCCUACUGUCUCUAGCAGAACUCAGCGAAGCGAAUUACAAAAACGCCCCUAUGAACGGAAUAAUGUUUGGAAAGAGGGGGCCUUCUGAAUAUGAUUCCCGGGGCAAAACCUUUACCGCUCUAUGUGAAAUCGCCACGGAAGCAUGUCAAGCGUGGUUCCCGUCUCAAGAAAACAAAUAAAAAAGGCUACUUCAUGGAACUUUACGCAACUAUACCUAAUUUUGGUCAUGGAUUAUGAUACUGAUAAAAUAUUAUUCCCCAUUAAUGGAAAUAUUUACACUUUACUAGCAACACUGACACGCUUAUCUUUUUAAAUUUUGAAAUGUUUUCCUUAAAUAUUAAGUAAAAAUGUAAAAAAGAUAUGAUAAAGGCUGGAAUAUUUUCAUGUUAUUCUAGUCUAAAAGUUUAAUAAAUCAUGGCGAUGCAUUAGU